AUGGACAACAAUCCGACCGAAAACCAUGACGCCUCUCACGGCGACAUCAAGCCUCCUCGUCCGCCUCCCGUCGUCCACAUCUACGACACCAUCGAGGAGCCGACCCUCCUGCGCGGCAUGAUCGUCGAGGACGUCUACCUGCUCGGCGGGCAGUUCGCCAUCCUCUGCCAGUUCGCGCACCCGUCGCUCGCGCGCGGCGCCUCGCGGCACAGCACCUUUGCGUCGCGCAUCCCCACGCGGCUGCGCAACACGGCGCGCUUCCUCAACGCCGCCGUCUUCGGCACCCCGCGCGACAAGGCGGCCAUCUUCUCCGUCAUACACCGCUACCACGCGCGCGUCCGCGGCGACGGCUACGACGCCAACGACCCGGAGCUGCACCGCUGGACCGCCGCCACGCUCUUCGUCUCCCUCGUCGUCGUCCACGAGGCCCUCUUUGGGAAGAUCCCCAUCCCGCGUCUUGAAGUCAUGUACCGCGAGGCCGCCGUGUUUGGCACGAGCUUGCGCAUGCCGCCUGACAUGUGGCCCGCGACGCUGGAUGACUUUUGGGCCUACUGGGACGAGCAGGUCGCCACGCUCGAGGUCACGGACGAGGCGCGCGAGCUGGCCCGCUCCCUGCUCUGGCCCGCUGGCCUGCCCUGGAACCUGCGCGCUGUGACGCCGUUGGCGCGCCUCAUGACGGUGCAUCUGCUGCCGCCGCGGCUGGCGCGCGAGUAUGGCCUCGAACCCUCGGCGCUGAGCUGGGCACAGUACCGCGCCACCGUGGCCGCCAUGGCUGCCGUGUACCCGCGUCUGCCGGACGGCGUGCGGCGCCGCAUGCACAACGAGUACAUGGCGGACCUGGAGCGUGCGGUGGCGCGGAUCGAGAAGACGGGUCACUGGGGGCGGGACGAGAAUCUAUAG